GCCACCGCCAGUUGGCUCUGUGCACUGGUCGGCGGCGCAUCACCCCCGUAGCAGCAGCAGCCAGGUCGGCCGCCCACACCUGUCCAGCCCUGACAGCAGCGUCGUGCCCUGCGCCACCAGAGUCGUGGACAGUGCCAGUGCGUUCUGCUCGAGUAACAGUGCCAAAGAAUAGCAGUUGUCGUUGUAGCUGUUGUUAUUUCCGUCUCGCUCGCGGGAACAUGAAGUGCCGGCGAGUGCGCGUUCGUCCACAGCACAGGCUGCGAUUUUGAGAGCUGCCCUCUCGUUCACCCCGAGUGACCCCAGCGAUGACCCCGCUCACCGACCGGCCCUCCGCGGCCGCCCUGCUUCUCGUGCUGCUCGCCCUCUUCCACUCAGCCAACACUCUGCAGCGGGACGCGAGCAAACACAAAGACGGCAGCACUAACUUGGCCAAUGCCCUCGACGCCGGCGGUGCAUCCAGACUACUGCCGCAUUUCGACAAGGCUGCCUCCAAAAACGUGACAUCCCUUUUGGGCAAGACCGCCUAUCUCAACUGCAAAGUCAAGAACCUCGGCAACAAAACUGUUUCGUGGGUGCGGCAUCGCGACAUCCACCUGCUGACCGUGGGUCGGUACACAUACACAAGCGACCAGCGCUUCCGGGCCAUCCAUCACCCGCACUCGGACGAAUGGACGCUGCAGAUCAAAUACCCACAGCACCGCGACUCGGGCAUCUACGAGUGCCAAAUCAGCACCACGCCGCACAUGAGCCACUUCAUUCAUCUCAAUGUCGUGGAGCCGACGACUGACAUCAUUGGCUCGCCGGAUCUGUAUAUAGACCGCGGCAGCACCAUCAACCUGACCUGCGUCGUGCUGUACAGCCCAGAGCCUCCAGCCUACAUUUUCUGGAACCACAAUGAUGCGAUCAUAAGCUACGACUCGACGCGGGGUGGUGUGAGCGUGAUCACCGAGAAGGGUGAAACCACGACCAGCUUCUUGCUCAUCCAGCGGGCCAAGUCUUCCGACUCGGGCAAGUACACGUGCAACCCGUCGAACGCGCAGCCCAAGAGCAUCAUGGUGCACGUGCUGAACGGUGAGGACUCACCCAGAGAGUUCCCAGCUGCGAUGCAACAUGGCGGUCAGGCACACCACCGUUCGUCGCGGCUCUACUGUUUGAUAUUCUGCGUGUGUCUGCUGUUGUUAAGCCCUUAACACCUUGGCCCUCACUUGUGGAACUCGAUGUAGAAGGGCAGGACGAGAAACUGAAGCGUUUCCUAGUGUGUUUGAGUGCGAGCGCGGGCGCGGGCGCGAGGAGUUGUGCGGUGCAACGGAAGGAGCAGCAAGAAGCAAGUCACACUCACUGGAAAAGCAAAUAAUGCACAGUUGGACAAAAGAGAAUGAAUGCAGUUAGAAAGACCCAGCAGGUGCAACGUCCGUGAUCAGUGUCGCGGGACAUUUGGUUCACUUGCGCGCGCGCGCGCGUGUGCCCACUAGCAAGUCAGGAAAUUUGGGCAGAAAGCAGCGGCGCGCACGCUUUUUCCUCGGCUUUUAUCUCGUCGAUGUGGCUGUGCCAGAGCAAGAUGAAAAGUGUACGCGUGUGAGAGAAUGAACCGAAAUAAAAACGCGAGUGUGGUCGCAGGUGCGACGCAGACCGCGAAAACGAGUGUGUAACGCAGUCCGAGAGAGUACUAUACAUGUUAAUUAAGGUGUUAUAUGCCCGGUAAUUCGUUCGUACACGAGACGAGCUCCCCUCAGCCCACCAUGUUCCUGUGCAUAGUGUGUCAAAACGCGCUGUGUGAAGCAACAAGGAAUGUGAUGCAUACAUUCACACCCCAGAGUCCAUUGCUGGGCGCCAUUCGUGAUAUUUUAUUUAAAAAUAUUCAAAUUGCAUGCACGUUUUUCGUAGCCUGUUGUGUCAAGAUAGAUCAUGCCGCGAAUUUCGACCAACCUUCUUUGCAUUUAAAAUCACACAUUCGACGAAUGAGGCUCUUUGUUUACCAGUUUACUGUAGCACAAGAGCGUUUUUAUCAUGCUCGCUAAAUACGAAUGUAGAGCACAAACAGAAUUAAAUCGGGACGCAAUAGCGGCUUUAAAUAAUGAAAUAAUUCCAAAUGUAAUAAUUUAAUUUGAGUCUGCCCGCCCCGGGAAAUGAAAACAUAAUAAACAGAAGAGUAUAAUUGGAAAAUUAGUUUUAAAUUGGUGUAGUCGUUUAAUAUAAAAAUAAUUCACUUUGACGGUCUCCUUAAUUUUCUGGGUUAGCACUCACCGAAUAAACCGAUUUCAGCUAGUUUGCGUUUCAAGUCGCGAUAAAUAUGGUCCUUUUGACACAUAUACCCAAGGUCGUAAAAGCUUUUGUCGUGCAAUUUGAUAAUGGCUCAGCAGCAAUGGCUCUAUUAACAUAAACCGUCUCGCUAUCUAAACCCGCGUGUCUGGCAAAAGCAUUUUCUUUAUUACCCAAAUUUUUGGAAAACAAGCAAAUUAGCGUGCGAAAUGAAAGAGAAUCAAUACACGUUGUUGUCAAAGUAAAUAAGUGUAUUUAAAGGAUCGAUAAAAAGAUAUUGCAUAUUGUUAAACGCGAUUUCUCUCUCACGGAGAAACUCAAAAGAGGGAAAGAUUAAUGUUUGGUGUUUUUUCCAGUUUGUUUUGCCAAUUUUCUAAACUUCUAUCUUCGUUCUCUCAUCAGCCAAUAGCAAAGCCAGCAGGAGGCGUUUAAAAUCGUCACAAGCAAUUUUAAUUUUCUGCAUUUAAGUGUGUCGACUCUCAAAUGAAAUAUUUCUAUUCUGAGUGCAUACAGAUAAAUUGUUCACUAUCGCAGUGAUGGGAAAAGCACAAAAAAAGAGCAGAAUGAUAAAUCUUGAUGGGUUAAAAGGCGAUCGAGAGCAUUUUUCUACCUUAAACAUGAUGUACCUAUAAAAUGAGGAAAAGAAUGCGUGGCCGCGUCAGCUGCGCCCACUUCAGCCUACCGCUGAACGAAUUCCACUCAUUAGUUAUGAAAUCACUCUUCUUGUAUAUCUCUAUAAGCUCUGUAAAAAGGAAAAAAUACGAACAUUCGAAACACACACGAUAUAUAUACUACCUAUUGUUUCUAAUAAAAUGUGAACCGGUACGUAUAUAUUUAACAUAAAACGGACUAAAUUGCGAGGUGAAUGUAAAAAAUGUGAAAAAAAGAAACAAAAAAGUGAAGAAACUAUACUAAUGCUCAUUACGACGUGUGAGAGUUUGUGCGAGUGCGGAAUUAAUUAUAAUGAUCAUCGUGUGAAAAGAGCGAGUGUCGCAACACAAACACACAAAAUCGAUGUCUGCGUGUUUAUUCUCAUUCUAGUCACGGAAAAUGAGUUGCAUUAUUAAAUACGAAAAGAGAUACACACUACAUUAUAAUACGCAAGGAAAAAAGAACGUACGUGGAGUGAAUUCGCGCUUCAGUUUCGUGUGCAAGGGACCAUGCUGAGUAAUCGUGCGUUCACUUGUAUUUUUUUACACUUUUUUGUCCCUCUUCCUCUCUUGUUUAUUUGCGGCGCAAAAAUGCAAAACCAAACGCAAACAAACACAUUCCUUUCGUUGAAUUUAUUACGUACGUAUAGCGCGUGGCGUGUGAAUGCGUACCCUCUGCGCGCGCAAAUAUAAAUACACGAUACAUAUACCGAAAAUAAUAUGUGAACGAAAAAACGAGUUCUUUCCUCCUGUGUUGUUUUUCGUUUCUCUCGUGCAUUGUUCGCAGCAGUAAAUUCCAAUGAGGCCUACGUGCAAAAACACACUCAUAUUUUUGCCGAGAGAAAGUCGGCUUCCGGCUGCAGAUUGAGAUUGGACGAAAUGGAUGAUCGCGAACUGUGUUUCGGUGUCACUGUAGAGAUGAUUGUGUCUUCUUCUGUGUGUGUCUCUGUCUCUUAUCUCUCACUCACUUGAUUGUUCUACACCCUUUUCCUGAGCUGCGAUCGGAGAUCUUUGCAGGUCCAGAAUAAUACUACCACGCACAGACGCGUCCCGCAUUUCGAAUUUGGAUUUUCCAUCAGCUCAAAUUUUCAUUUCCAGCGUCAGUAUGUGGGUGGUGACAAUCAUUUUCGAGUCGUUUUCGGUCAACUUUCUCACUGUAUACCAUAUUUGUUACACAUUUGAUCCGACGUCAUAUUAUUGCCGAAAACAUAUUUUGUCUGCUGAGUAUGUUUGAAUGAAAAUAAACGUUGUAAAAAGCCUUAA